AUAAGGACAGCUUGGGCCAGGGGGACCUGUGCCCGGAACAAGCCCCCUAAGCCUCUGCUAUUCCUCCUGCUAAUUAAGGCCAUGGCUUCUUCUCUAAUUCUCGUCCUAGUCUCUUCCCUUGCCUUCUUCUCCACCAUUUCUGAGGCCCAGACCUAUCCUCCCAUAGUGAAGGGCCUUUCCUUCACCUUCUACAAGUCCACCUGCCCCAACGCCGAGUCCAUUAUCCAAAACUACCUCUCGACGGCCUUUAACAGCGACAUCGGCCUCGCCGCCGGCCUCCUCCGCAUCCACUUCCAUGACUGCUUCGUUCAGGGGUGCGAUGGGUCGGUUUUGCUGGAUGGGACGCCGAGUGAUCCGAGCGAGAAGGACCAGCCGCCCAACCUGACGCUCCGGCCGGCGGCCUUCAAAGCCAUCAACGAUAUCAAGGCUCUUCUGGACCAGGCUUGUGGACAGGUCGUCUCCUGUGCCGAUAUUGCUGCCUUAGCCGCCCGUGACUCAGUCUCCUUG